AAUAAUGGCAGCAGAUAACUAUAAAUUUGCAGAAGGUGAUAGUUUGUUAUGUUAUCAUGGACCAAUGCUGUAUGAAGCAAAAUGUUUAAUAAGAAGGAAGGCAAAUGAUGGUAAAGCACAAUAUUUUAUUCAUUACAAAGGCUGGAAUAGUAAAUGGGAAGAAUGGGUAGAAGAUAAUCGAGUAUUAUCUAUUAAUGCUGCCAACAUGAACAAAAUGGCAUCAUUAAAAGAAAUACAUUGUAGGAAUUACAUAGUAAUACGUAUAACCGUGAACGUGAAAUUUGCUUUGUUGUUCGUUUACGCUCUCAAAGAAGAAAUUCCUAAAAAAGUAGGGGUAAUUAAAUCAAUGAACGAAGCAACUGAAAAAAUUUUAGAUACUAAUAAUGUGGAAGUUAACAAAAAUAUUGAAGCUACUAAAGAAAAGAAAGAAAGAACUAAAACUGCURAUGAAGAAAUUAAAGUACACGUGGAAGUCGAAAAUGCUACUGAAGAACUUGAAAAAACUAAAACUGUUGAAGUACGUGAGGGAUCUAAAGCCAUUGAAGAAACUGAAACAAUCAAUGAAGUUGAAAACACUAUUGAAAAAUUUAAUACUACAAAAAUAGAAAACGCUUUCAAAAAAGAUGAUCAUCCUAUAAAUGAAGACACUCUUAACAAAGAUGCUAGACCUAAAAGAGAAGAUACUCUUAAAAAAGAAGACACUCCUAAAAAAGAACUCGUUCUCAAUGAAGAAGACCUCCAAGCCAUCCUUGAAAUAAUUGGGGUAAUUCAAUCAAAGAACGAAGCAACUGAAGAAAUUUUAGAUACUAACAAAGUGAAAGUAAACAAAAAUAUUGAAGCUACUAAUGAAAAGAUGGAAACCACUAAUACUGCCGAUGAAGGUAUUAAAGAACAUGCAAAAGUUGAAAAUUCUACUGAACAACUUGAAAAAACUAAAACUGUUAAAUCAUGCGAUGGUUCUAAAGACAUUGAAGAAACUGAAACAGUCAAAGAAGUUGAAGGAUCUGAAACAGUUGAAAGAAAUGAAGACAUUGAAGAAACUGAAACAAUCAAAGGAGUUGAAGGAUCUGAAAAAGAUGAAAAAAAUGAAGACGUUGAAGAAUCUGAAACUGAAAAUGUUGAAUCCAUUGAAGUUUCUGAAGCUGAAGAUCAUGAAGCUCGAGAUCUUGAUGCUGAAGACCUUGAAGUUGAAGACCCUGAAGGUGAAGAUCUUGAAGCUGAAGAUCUUGAAGCUGAAGAACUUGAAGCUGAAGAACUUGAAGGUGAAGAUUUUGAAGGUGAAGAUUUUGAAGCUGAAGAUCUUGAAGCUGAAGAACUUGAAGCUGAAGAACUUGAAGGUGAAGAUUUUGAAGGUGAAGAUUUUGAAGGUGAAGAUUUUGAAGGUGAAGAUUUUGACGCAUAUGAUGGAAAUCAAGAAUAUGAAGAAACUGAUGUAGAUGAAGAAACUGGAUCGGAUGAUUCCUCAUAUGAUGGUGAAGAAUGUAGAGAAGUUAUGAGAAAGMUAAUUGAAAUUCAUAUGAAGAUGGACAAAGCUAGAGAAGAAGCUGAAAUGGCAGCCAGUAUUGAAGGAACAGAUGUUACAUUUACUGUCCCAGCACCAGUUAUACCAGAAAUCAAUAUACCAGAUAUCAUAAGAAACAGAAUUGCUUUUGAUUUUCAUAUGGUUAUGCACAAUAAACGAUUUGUAAAAUUUAGAAAAGACCUCACUGUCAAUCGUCUGAUACAAGAUUUUGAAAAUUCAGAUACAGAAGCAAAUAAUUCGUCCAUUGGUUUAACGAUCAUACAGUACUUUAAUACUUUUAUACAUCAUCGUUUAUUGUAUCCACCAGAAAAAAUACAACAUUUGGAUGAUAAGGCAAUUCUAUUUUUGAAAAAUUAUGUGGAUGAUGGCGUAGAAUUCACUUUUAGUGAAAUGUUAUAUCCUCGAAAAUUUUGGCAUUUGGUGUAUGGACCUUCGUAUCUAAUUCGAUUAUUUGUUUUAUUUCCUGAAAUUGUGGCAAACUAUUCUUAUUUUGUGUCGGAUACAGUUUAUCUUGUUAAAAGACUUGAAACAUUUAUGAAGUUUGUUGCAAACAAUUUUGAUCAAUAUUUUUCAGAA